AUGAUUUAUUCGCAUCAUCCAGCAUUGACGGAUAAUCUAGCAGAAAUAGUUGAAUAUUUCGGUACAAUAACUGCAGAUCCGCAGAAUUCCUCUGCUACUGUUGUGGUAAACGAUCCGACUGGGCUAGAAAUACCACAAGUCAACAUAAAGCAAAUUAAGAAUACGAGCGACGAAUCUGUUUGGGGUGUUCUUACCGACUAUAAACUAGGAUGCGACUCGUCGCCAGCAAAUAUAACCAGCAAAUUGAAAUCAAAGUAUGUUGCGCUAAUACAACGCGGUGGUGGUUGCAACUUUGCUGAUAAAAUACAGAAUGCAAUUCAAGCGGGUUUCUCGGGUGCUAUAAUUUACGACAAUAAUAAUGGCACCAAUUCGGAUAUCAAUUCACCUAAUUCUAAAGUUAAUAUUCUUGCUUACUAUGUUGAUAACUUGACGGGAACGGAGUUAUUGAGCGAUUUGAAUAACACAACUGCAGUAACUGUAGUGUCCGUACAAAUGGGACUAAAUAAUUCAUUCUCAACCCCAUCAACGGCUCAGAAGGACCACGUGUCAGUUUUAUUUUUCGUGCUGUUUUUGUUUGCUAUUGUAGCGAUGUACUUGUGUUUCCGCUUGCGAAGGAAUGGAGAGCGUCGUAGGAACCCUCACGGAGUAAUACCACUCCCGUUGGUCCAAAUCUUGUCUAAUCCUAAUAAUAUAAAUAGGCUUGACGCAGAUACUUUAGCCAAAAUGAAGACGUGUCCGUUUAACGAAAAAUCAUUGGCCGAUGAGUCCUUGCAGCAAUAUCAAACGUGCGCUAUUUGUAUCGAAGACUUUGACGAGAAAGACAUGAUACGAGAAUUGCCUUGUGGCCAUAUAUAUCAUGUUCAGUGCAUUGAUCCAUGGCUAUUACAGACAUCAACCGUCUGUCCAACAUGCAAGCACGAUUGUUCGGAGAGUACCGCAGAACCUGCUACCAUUUCAGUUAAUGAUUGUUUGACAUCUGAUCAAAACUCGAUAGUUACCAACACACAAAAUGAUGAUCCAAUAAAUGAUAGUAAUGCGACCGCAUCUAAUCUUGCUUCAUUAACUCCACCACCGGCAGCACACGUGAGAUCAAGUAGCAGUAUUAACAACGAUGAAAGACCAACUUCUUCCCGGACUAGCGAGAGUGGAAGUAAUAACAGCUACACACUUCCCCGAAGAAAUCAUAGAAUAAAGGAUGUCACCACAUUCUGGCGAUUAUGA